ACUUCCCUCUAUCCUAACCACCACUUCUUUAGUAUCAUUCUUAUUCUCUCAAAGCUAAGAAUUCAUACUAAAGCUCUCAACUUUCUUCAAGAAAACCAUACUAAAAUGGCCAUCAAAAAAUCAAAUAAAUUGUCACAAUCUCCUGUUUUGAAGCAAAUUUUGAAAAAGUGUUCAAGUUUGGGUAAAAAAAAUGAAGACCAUCUUCCGGUUGACGUACCAAAAGGACAUUUUGCAGUUUACGUUGGAGAAAAUAGAACUCGAUACAUCGUACCUAUUUCUUUUUUGAGUCAUCCUGAGUUUCAAUGUCUCCUUCGUUGCGCUGAGGAAGAAUUUGGGUUUGAUCAUGACAUGGGAAUUACAAUUCCUUGUGAAGAAUUUGUUUUCCAAACACUUACUUCAAUGCUGAGAUAAUAAAGUAAUUUGAAAGAAAAAAAAGGUGAAUAUUAGGUAUUUUGGAGUGAAUUAAGAAAGAUGUGUUCAAGAUGAAGCAAGUUAAAUUAGUCUUUUUGCUUCUUCUUUUUUUUUUUGUAACGUCUUUCUUUUCACUUUUUUUUUAAAUUAUUAUUUGUUUAUUACUUUGUGAAUUUCAUCUAACCCUGACCUAGGAAUCAAAUGGAUAUUAGUAGUAUUUUUUUAUGGGUUAGUUGGAAAUUUUUUUCCCUUGAAGUGGUGUUUUUUCAAACACCCUAUGAGAGAAGUUAAUUAUUAAAUGUGUUUCAAUAUAUUUAAAUUUGCUAUUUUUGAUA